UAAUUAAUUUGGAUUUGUAUAGUAAAAUGGCCCACCUCUCGAAUGGAAGAGUGAAUAUUUCAUUAUUAAGAGAUGACGCUCGACGGUUAUUGCUUGAUUGUCUUGAUAAAUGUCCCGGUAGUAAGGCUUUAUUUUGGGAUGAAAAAUUAAGUGGACCAUUUGGUUUGAUUGCAGAAUAUGUUUUACUACAAGAACAUGAAGUCACCAAAAUGUUUCAAUUACAACCCAACAGGUUUCCACCUGUUGAUGCUCAGAAUAUCAUAUUCAUUGUCCGUCCAAAACUGAUGUUGAUGGACAUAAUUGCUGACUAUAUUUUAAAAGUUGAAGGCAUGAGAGGACCAAAAAAGGAAUUUCAUAUUUUUUUUGUUCCAAGGAAAAGUGAACUUUGCCAGGAGAAAUUAUCUGAGCGAGGUGUUUGUGCAAAUAUUAUUGAAUACACUGCUGAACUUUUUCCAGUUGAUAGUGAUGUUUUGUCUAUGGAAUGGGAAACUUCUUUUAAAGAAUGUUACAUCGAUAAUGAUAUGACGAGCAUGUAUUAUGUUGCAAAAUCUUUAAUGACCAUACAAUCCAUCUAUGGAAUCAUUCCAAAUAUCUAUGGCAAAGGAAAAUGUGCUAAACACGUCUUUGAUCUUAUGACGAGAAUGAGGAGAGAGCUUUCUGGAAACGAUCCUCAAAUAACACCUCAAAUAGACUGCCUGUUACUGUUAGAUAGAUCAGUUGACUUAGUUUCUGUCUUAGCUACCCAACUGACAUAUGAAGGCCUAUUGGAUGAAAAUUUUGGCAUCAAUAAUAAUACUAUUGAACUACCACCUGAAAAAUUUUGCAAACCUGGGGAAGGAGGGCUUCAAGAAAUCCCAACAGAGCCUAAGCGUUUACUCUUGAAUUCUGGUGAAGAGUUAUUUGCAGAAUUACGAGAUAAAAACUUUAACGCUGUUGGGCCAACAUUGAGCAAGAAAGCAAAAGUAUUAUCUGCACAGUUUGACGAAAGGCAUGGUGCCAAAACUAUUGAUGCCAUUAAGCAAUUUGUUGAUAAAUUGCCUCACAUGCAAGCUGCUAAAAAAUCUCUUGCAACUCAUACAUCAAUGGCCGAGCUCAUCAAAGAAAUCAUUGAUUCAGAAAUGUUUUUGAAUUCUUUGCAAACAGAACAAGAAUUCAUGAAUGGCCUUGACACCGACAAAACCAAUGCUCACAUAGAGGACUGCAUUGCAAGAGAAGAACCAUUUAUCAAAGUGCUUAGAUUAAUAUGUUUACAGUCUCUCACGAACAAUGGUCUGAAGCCUAAACAACUGGAUUAUUAUAAACGUGAGAUAAUUCAGACAUAUGGAUAUCAGCAUUGCUUAACAUUAAACAAUUUGGAGAAAGCAGAGUUGUUGAAAGUCCAAGGAAACAGGACUUAUUCUGUUAUUCGUAAAACACUUCGUUUGAUUGUGGAUGAUGUGAAUGAACAAUCUCCAUCUGACAUAUCCUAUGUCCACAGUGGUUAUGCACCUCUGAGCGUUAGACUAGCUCAAUUUCUGACUCAGCCUGGUUGGAGAGCCAUUCCAGACGUAUUAAAUAUUUUACCUGGUCCUACUAUUGAAGGAGUUCAGAAAAUUCCACUUGGAUUAAGAAAGAGACGAGGAUCAGGAUCAUCGAUUCAGUCGAGUACCGAAGAACAAAAAGUGACUUUGGUGUUUUUCUUAGGAGGUUGUACUGUUGCUGAAAUUUCUGCCCUGAGAUUCUUAUCACAACAAGAUGAUUCUCCAAUAGAAUAUAUCAUUGCAACAACAAAGCUCGUGAAUGGGCGGACCUUCCUGGAAAAUUUACAAGAAGUAGUUAAAGUUCCUGCUGGCUAAAAAAAAAAUAGCUUUAUUAAGAAAAUGUGCUUCAUUUUUGUUUCUUGUCAACAAAAAAGAGAGAUUGUAUAAAUAUAUACAUAUAUGU